AAAACAUGCGGUUCCGAGCCACAAUUGAGAACGUCGACACUUUUGUCAAAAUAGUGCAGUCCGUCGAGAAACUUCAGAGAAAAUGCAUCAUCAAGUUCGGGGAACGAGAGAUGCGCAUCAUAUGCACAGGCGACGCCAACGAAGGCGGCAUACAAGUCUGGUCGACAAUAAAAGUCUCUUCCCUCUUCACGGAGUAUCGCGUACAGUCCAAUUCAAAUAACGAGAUCACCAUUUCUGUCUUCACGGAAUCGCUUCUAUCUGCACUGCAUUCUGCUGCCGCCUCUUCGUCAAAGACCUCGUCUUUCUUAGCUUCAGAUAGCGAGGUGAUCAUGAAGCUGGCCAAGAACCCCGAGAAGAAGUCAGUAUUGAGCUUCGAAAUUAAAGGAACGACUUCCAUGGGCAGCAACGCGCUGAUUCACAAGCAGCUCCUGAUCGACGUCUUGCGUCACGCCGACGUUGAUCGUCUCAAGGAACCUCUGUGUCCCGAGCCAGACGUCCAUAUCCUACUUCCUCCAUUGGGCAAGCUUCGAACCGUCGUCGAACGCCUGCGUUCACUCGCUGCAGAGGGCAUCCAUUUCCGCGCGAACCAUUCGGGGGAGCUCCAGCUAUCCACGAGCACAGAGAAUGCGCGUUUGGAGGUCGUCUGGAGUGGUUUGACCAAUCCACCUAUGUCCAGGAACCCCGACGGCACCCAGAACACUGACGAGUCGGAAGUGAAAGACCCAGCGGAGAUGUUUGGCGUGCUCGUCUCGCACAAGUGCCUCACCAAGUUCCUCACCUGCCACGUCAUCUCAUCCACGACCAUUGCAUGUAUAUGCGCGAAUCACUGCAUGAUCCUCUACGUCUACAUCGGGAACGUUGCUGACGCGGGCGGCGUGCUCACGUUCUAUAUCCCCGCGCAAUUUGACGAGCCUAUAUGACGUCGUCCGUGUCUGUGCAUCGCUCUCCGGUUAGUUGAGGACGCAUUGUCCAUUGCUCCCGCCCCUCUGUUCACGCGUGUCGAUGCUUGAGAUCAAGUAGUU